ACAUUUUCAGAACAACAACAGGCAACAAACAACAAAUGCACCAACUACAACAUUUCUUUACUCAACCAAUAAUUUCUUCAAUAAUUUCCGUUUUACUAAUUCAAAUUAUAUUUUUAUUUGGAAUUUUUAUUAUUUCUAAAAUUUUUAAUCCUUCUAAAUAUUUAAUUGAUUUAAAUUCUGAAAAAUUAAAAAAAUCAACUAAGCGUUUGUUUGAAUAUUAUAUAGCACAACGUGGGGGUGUAGAAGUGAAAAUAUCUGAAAAAGAAAUUUUGCCUGGAGAUUUGAUUAAAUUAAAGAGUGGACAGAGAGUGCCUGUUGAUUGUAGAAUUUUGCAUGUUUUGAAAGAACCUUUUCUUGUUAAUCAAAGUUGUAUUCUUCAACAACAACAAAAUUUGGGAGAAAAUAAUAUAAUAAUAGAAUUAAUAGCAAAAACAUCACCAAAUCAUUUAAAUGUCCUUGAAGCUAGAAAUAUAGCUUUUGCUGGUUUUAAAUGUUUAAAUGGAGAGGCUUUUUGUAUUGUUUUAAGGACUAGGGAGGAGACGCUUCUAUCAAAACUUGCUUCUAAAACAUCAACCAAAACAACAAUUAAAAAUAUCUCUCCCCCUCCCUAUUAUUUAACAUCAACUACAUUAACUAAGGAAAAUAAUAAUAAUAAAGAAGAGGGAUAUGAUAAAAAUAAAAAUAAAAAUAAAUUAAAAUUAUUGUUUGGUUGGCCAACUGUUUGUAUAGCCGCUUUAUGUUCGUUGAUUGCUUCCUUAGCUUUUGGUUAUUCUUUGUUUUUGUUGUUGCCUUCGAAUGAUAUUGAUAAUAAUGAAACCAACUGGUACCACAACUCAAUCCAAUUAUUAAUUCCCUUUGUUUGUACAUUUAUUGCUCUACUCAUCUCUACACUUCCCUACGCUUUACCCUUAACUUUAUUAAUUAGACAAUGGUAUUCUCAACGUUAUCUUGCUUGUAAUAAAGAGAAAAACAAUCCAACAGAAUUUAGAUUUAUUAAAAAACAACAAAAUAAAAAUUGUUUUUUAAAUGGAGGGGGAAUAAUGGGAAAUGAUUGUAUCUUAAUUGUGAGUUUAUUUAAUCCUUAA